AUGGGUCUGUUCAUGAGUUUCAUGGGAAAAGGGUUGCCUACAACCCAGAUGCUGAGCCUGGUGAUGGGAACACUUCACAGACAGUUCAUAGAAAAAGAUAUCAAGAGCUUCGACGAAUUCCACAUUGCAAUUCUUGAUAUCUUCAGCACUGUCAACUCAGCACUACCUGGAAAACACUAUGAUGUUCCUUCGCCAAAGGAAGUCGAGUGGAAAGCUGCCAAUGAGCCGGAAAAGAAGAGAAUUUUCAUCGACUUCAUGAAGAAAAAGGUGAAUCUAAGCAAAUUAGACGAUUCUACCCUUGUCACCGGAAUAGUCACUCCUCCGGCAGCCAUGGCCGCCAAGAGAGCCGGCGAGAGCCUGCCACAGCUCAAGCUGAUCAAAGCAAUCCCGGACGUUAUUUUUGUGCCCUCGGCCACAAUAAUGGCUCUUGUUUCUGUAAAAUUGUCUAGGAAGUUGUUUAUUGGUAAUAUAGCAUCAUCAUGA